ACACGGGCCAGUAUCUCCAGGUGGUGUGAUCCUCCUUCUGCCGAGCUGAUCAUGGAUUACUCUCAACCUUUCUCCCUUCUCAACGAGAAGCUGAGGCCUCGCUUCACCUCCAGCGAGAAGCUCUACUCUUCCCUCAGCAGGGUGGAGGACAGACAGCUGGGCUCACCCCGGUACAGAUCCUCGUAUCAGCGGCCGACUGUCCUGCAGACAGACCUGGAACCACAGCUGUCCAUGGCAGAAGCAGAUGACCCCGGAUCUGAGCCUGAGGACCACGCAGGGCAGGAGGAUCUGGUGGGAGACGACAACGCUGCUGAUCUGCUGCCCAUUGAGGACUUGAAUUUAAAAGAUGUGCCUGAAGAGGUGCUGGAUAAAGAGGACAGCACUCAGUGUGAGGAGACGGACGGUCCAGGUCCAGGUGAGCUGAGCUCAGAGGAGAGCAAGCCAGCGGCGGCUGGGGAGGAAGGGAGCCCCCUGCAAGCCCGGUACAUGGAUGGAACCCUACCAGACCUGCUCAAGAGCGGCCGGCCGCUCAGCAGACGCAGGACCUUGGGUCAUUACUCAGACACGAUCAAAGAGGUCCGCAGGGAAGUGGAGCUGUCUCGGAAGCGAAGUAUCCGGCUCAAAGCUCAGGUGGACAAACUGCAGGAGAGCAGAGAAGGCCCGGGGUGGAGCCAGCACCGAGAGCAGGUCACGGAGGAGGUUCUGUCCAUCCUCAGACUGCUGCACCCGCUGACGGAGCCAGAGUCCAGCCGGCCGGAGCCCCGUGGAGGGGAGAACCGCCUGGACGCUGCCCUGUCUCAGCUGCAACACGUGGCUCGCUCACUGGCCAUCAGCCACACGACCAAGGAUUUCAAAUCUCCAAGAGGUGGGGGGGACGACGGUGCCAUCCUACAGCAGGCGCUGAGGGACAGAGACGAGGCCGUAGAGAAGAAGAAGGCGAUGGAGGCCGAGGUGCUGCGGAGCAAGACGGAGAUGAUGACUCUGAACAACCACCUGCUGGAGGCGGCACAGAAGCGUCUGGAGCUGUCCCUGGAGCUGGAGGCCUGGAAGGAGGACUUCCAGCUGCUCCUGCAGCAGCAGCUGCAGAUUCAGCAGCAGGCAGAGCAGGCCCAGAAGAAGCCCUCUCGCCUGGGCAUCCUGAAAAGAAGCAAACCAGCGACCCAGCGGCCCCCCCACAUCCCAGUGCCAGCAGCUCCCUCUCCUUCAACCAGCUCAAGUCAAAUCUUUUUGACCAAAUCUUCAGAUCGUGCCACUCAGUCAUCCAGCACGCCUCCUACCAGCGGCACACGCACUUGGAAAACCUGGGACAGACUUAAAAAGAGCAAGAGCCAUUACCAAGAUACAACAGAGCAGGACUCAGCGGGGAGGAGGGACGACGGGUUCCAGGUUGUGGCUCUUGAUUGAAACAAUGAUCAUUUUACACAAACACCUUCUGGUGUGCAACUUUACUAGUAGCUUUCCAGGGUCAUAGACGUGCUGCCGAGUGUCUGGACUGACUGAUGGGCGUCUAGUUCUGCACACGACUCUGCUAAAGGGAAGUGUCUCCAAGGUUUGAGUCCAGGUGACAGUCUACAAACGCCAUGUGGAAAGAAUUAGGGAUUUUGUGUCCCACGACUAAAACUUCAUCCACAGAUUAUAGAUUUUUCAGUGAAGGGGGGGCGGGGGGGGCGCACAAGAGCCACUUUAAACAAGGUCAUUGACUUAUUUUAAGUGCAAAAAAAUAAUGUAAACACUGAGAAUAUAAGGCAGUUUCUUUCUUUUUAUAUACAAUAUAUAUAUAAAAUAUAAAGGAAUUUGAAUACAUUGUUGUUAAUUCAUGGUCUUUUAUAUACAAUGUGCCAAAUACGAAUGAACUGUAUAAUACUCUGCUGCAAAUAAAUGAAAAAU